CUUUGUUGUAUUAUUUGAAAUGUAAAAUAAGCUUAUUUUAAAUCCGUAAAUGCGAAAUGAUAUUAUUAAUUACAUUCAAUACUUUUCGACAUUUCUAACGUUUUUCGUUUAUUUUAUUUAAUGUCAUCGAUUAUAUACUUAUUUGACAAAUAAUUUUUGCACGUAGGUUAUUUAUAUAGAAUUAAUGUGUGAUAUAUCAAGAAUUCCUCUUUUCUUUAUUUUAUAUAAAGGAAGAACAUUGUAAUUCUUUAAACACUUAAAGUGAAAACAGAUUUACAUGCAGAGACGAUUUAAAAAAAUUCUAAUAUAACUCUGAAACUUGACUAUUAAAAUUAAACACGAAGUGUUUUAAUAUGAUAUAACCAAUGAAAUAAUAGAAAAUUAUUGGAUAUACCUAAAAAAAAUUACAAAUUGGCAUAUGGAGUUCGAUUUUGUGAUAUGCAGAAUGUUAACUUGAAUAAAUGGUCUACUAAUGUAGAAAGCAAAGUUUCCUGUGACAAUACAGAAUAUGAUAUAGCUGAUCAUGAAAUAGUAACUUUAUCACAGAUAGCAAAAUUGAAUGAAGUUAUAGCAAAUUUAAAAGAUGCUAUACAGAUAAAAGAUGUACAAUUAGAAAAUUCACAUCGAGAAAAAAGUAGAUUACUUGCAGAGCUAAAGAAGCAACAAAGAUACAAUAGGAAUCUUAAACAACAGUUAGAUGGCGAAAGAAUUUUCUACCAAAGGGAGAAAGAUCAUUUCAUUGAAGAAAUGCAAUGGCACAGAGGCAGAUAUACAGGCAAAGUGUCGAAGUUUCAGCAACAUAAGCAAAAGGAGUGCGAGAAAGUGCAAAAUUCUUUGGAAAGAGAAAAUAAGCAGCUCAGAUUAGAACUGUCAGAUAAAAACAAAGUUACGUAUAAUCUAUGUGUGAAGUUUCUUCGUAUGAAGCAUGCUAAAGACACAUUAAGAUAUAAAUUAGACCAGUUGCUGCACGAGCAUUUACUAGUAAUGGCGGAGAUGAUGGAGAAGUUAGACGAAGCGAGAAAGGAACUUAAUUUAAUUGUGUCUGAGAAAUUUCAAGAACCGUUGCCUCUUAAUAAAGUUAAAUUUUUACAAGUUGCACAAAGGAAUAACAGAUUGACGUAUGAAAAUGCAACAUUAAAAAUGCAGAUUCAUCAACUUAUGCAGAACAUAGAAAAAUUGAAAAGCCACAUGCAAAAACCGAGAAAAAUUAAUGUAGACGCGAAAAUUAUUGAGAAAUUAGCAACGCAAAGCAGUACAAGAUCUACUCUAGAUAAAACAGAAAAAGUUGCUUUGCUUUCUAAAUUAUCUCAACCUGUCGACCAUACUGUGGAGACGAUCUCGCAAGUGAAUUCUGAGAGUGCAGAUGACUGUGUUUAAUGAUGCUAAUAGAGACGUUAAAAACAAUUCUUAAAGGAUUUCAUGCAGAACGUGCACAAAGUGCAUCAGGAAUUGCAGAAACGGCUAUUUUGCUAGAGAAUAGAUAUAGAUUCUUCGAAAUAGAUAAUGUGUGUAUUUAUAAAAUAUAUUCAUAUUUUUUCAUACGUCCUUUAUUAACCUUAA